UAUUAUCAUGAAAAAGAAGAUUCUGAUGACGAUGAUGACGAUGAUAAUUUGUCUGUAUCAACUGAAUUAUCUUCUACAUCUAUUAAAACAAAUCUAUUUCCCGAUGUGAUUGAACCACUAGAACCCGCUAGCAACACUUGUAAUGUGAAUAAUGCUGAGAACAAAAAUAAACAAGUUAUUGAAUCAUCAAUAAAAUCAAAUGAAUCUAACUGCUCAACUCCAACCAAAUCACCAAAUGAUCAUCGUAGAAAAAGUCUUCGAUCCAAUUCCAAAAAACAAUAAUGAUAAUGAUGAUGACUACAACUCAAAAAUUCGAUAAUUCGAAAUAUUUACGGGUGUAUUAUUUUGUGUAUAUAUAUAUAUAUAUA